UGAGGCCCUCACCCUCUCCCACAGUGAGGCCCUCACCCUCUCCCACAGUGAGGCCCUCACCCUCUCCCAUAGUGAGGCCCUCACCCUCUCCCACAGUGAGGCCCUCACCCUCUCCCACAGUGAGGCCCUCACCCUCUCCCACAGUGAGGCCCUCACCCUCUCCCACAGUGAGGCCCUCACCCUCUCCCACAGUGAGGCCCUCACCCUCUCCCAUAGUGAGGCCCUCACCCUCUCCCACAGUGAGGCCCUCGCCCUCUCCCACAGUGAGGCCCUCACCCUCUCCCACAGUGAGGCCCUCGCCCUCUCCCACAGUAAGGCCCUCGCCCUCUCCCACAGUAAGGCCCUCACCCUCUCCCACAGUAAGGCCCUCACCCUCUCCCACAGUGAGGCCCUCACCCUCUCCCAUAGUGAGGCCCUCACCCUCUCCCACAGUGAGGCCCUCACCCUCUCCCACUCGUGA